AUGGGGGUGGACGGGAAGAUGCCGUACGUCAUCGCGGUGAUCAUACAGGUCAUCUACACUGGCAUGUUCAUCGUCUCCAAGGCAGCCUUCAACCAGGGGAUGAACACCUACGUCUUCAUCUUCUACCGCCAGGCAGCCGCCUCUCUUCUCUUGUUGCCUCUAGCCAUUCUCCUCGAAAGGAAAAAUGCACGGUCGUUGUCGUUCUGGUUGCUCCUGAAGCUGUUCUUGUUUGCCUUGAUCGGGACUACAUUUAGCUUGAAUGUGUACAACGUGAGCCUCAAGUUCACGUCUGCAACCGUGGGAUCUGCAACCAGCAACUCCAUGCCUGUGGUGACCUUCUUCAUAGCGAUUCUACUGAGGAUGGAAGUGGUGAAGCCGAGGAGCCCUUCAGGCAUCGCCAAGCUCACCGGGGUUGCGUUCUGCCUCGCCGGGGUUGUCCUCAUCGCCUUCUACAUCGGGCCCUCCCUAAACCCAGUGAACCACCACCGCGCCUUGGCUGCCGCCCACGCAGACGGGGGAGAUGCGACGAGGGGGACGUGGAUCAAGGGCACGUUCCUGAUGCUCCUCGCCAAUGUGACGUGGUCCCUGUGGAUCGUCCUGCAGGCGGCGCUGCUGAAGGAGUACCCCAACAAGCUGCUCGUCACGGCCACGCAGUGCGUCUUCAGCGCCGUUCAGUGCUUCGUCGUCACCCUGGUCGCUGAGAGGGACUUCUCCAGGUGGCAGCUCCGGUUCGAUAUCACCUUGCUCGCCGUCCUAUACACAGGGUUUGUGGUGACGGGAGUAUCCUACUACCUACAAGCGUGGUGCGCGGACAUGAAGGGGCCCGUCUUCCUCGCCGUGUGGAACCCGCUCGGCUUUGUCUUCACCAUUUUCUGCUCGUCCUUCUUCUUAGGGGAGAUCGUUCACCUCGGCAGUAUCUUGGGUGGACUGCUUCUCGUUGGAGGCCUGUAUAGCGUGCUGUGGGGUAAAAGCAGGGAGCAUCGGAUCGCGCUGUGUGGUGAGAUGAAUGUGAUUGAUGGUGCUGAAGAAGAGAGAUCGGCAAAGGAGGAGAAGGAUGAGAGGAGCGACCAAGAGAAAGGGGUCAUGAAGCAGUACGAUAAGGUAGCAGCGAUAUUACCAGCUGAACAAGCCUGA